AUGGUUAAGGCCGAAGGAUGUUGCGGCUCCAGCGCGGGGCCCUUGUGGGCAGUCGCCGGCUCAGCCGCGUUGACGGAGAAUCCGCAGAUGCAGAAGGGUUGCAUCAUUAAUGAUCUGGAGCUGCCCGAGUUAGGAGGAGAGGAGCUCUCCGAGGAGCUGCUGAAUCUCAACGAGGGCUUCUGGGGCCCCUAUCGCGACAUCCCUUCCAUGGCGACGGCCACAAAGAAGGAGGAGAUCUUGCAAAUCGUGGAGAGCUUCGCGAUGGUGAAGAGGAAGCACGUUGGGCUCUUCCAGCGCCUGACUGCCACGGUGCAGAGGAGCCUGGAGCUGUGGUCUGCAGCAGACUUCGCCCUUCUCUGUCGGAGCUUGGGAGAGGUGGGCUGCCUUCACGAGGACCUCUGUGUGGCGAUGGCUCCGAGGGUCACGGCCACAAUAUCGUCUUGCGAAGUCGAUGACCUGGUCCUCCUCUUGGAUGCCUAUGCGCGGACCCGCUGCCACGUGCCCUCUGCCGUGGAGGCUGUCUUGCAGCAGACCGCACUCCGAUUAGAGGAGUUCAGUGCUUCGCAGCUUUGCCUUCAUGUCUCCUCGAUGGCCAGGCUCAACAUCUGCAAUGAGCGACUUCUCACGAGCAUUGCAGACAAGUUGGCUGAGGUAGUGUUCCCCGAGGACGAGUCUGUGCUGCAGCUGAGGCCGCCGUUCUCUGCGCGAGACAUCACUAUGGCAGCUUACUCCUUUGCCCGACUGGGCCUGCGUGAACACGGGGUUUGGAGCACCCUGUCCAGGGCGUCCAAGCCAGUGAUACGGCAUUUCACCGCCAAGGAGCUGCAGACGUUGACUGUUGCGUUGGCCCGCGUGCAACGAGCCGAUGCGCAGCUGCUCGACGACAUCUCCACACAGGCUCAGCGCCGCAUCGCCCAGUUUAGUGCAGAGCCGCUUGCACUGCUGUUGCGAGGCUUUGCUUUCCUCGGUCGUGCCAACGACCCGCUCUUCACGCGGGCUCUGACCCAGCUGCCCCGAGUGCUUCUGGCCGCACGCCCAGCGGAUCUCGUCACACAUUUGGCGGGCUUCGUGGCUGCGGAGGUCAGAAGCCCCUUUCUCUUCGACCUGAUGACGCCGAUGAUCCUGGAAAAGGCUCCCAUGUUUACAGCUUUUGACUGGCUGCUUGCCUUGCGUAGCUACGCUGCAGCACCCCAGGCCGAUGAGAUGUUUCUGUCAGCCUUGGAGUUGCACUUCAAGGCCUCGGAGCUCUCGAAAGCGGAGCAAAGCGAGGCUGAGGAGAUGAUCCGGCAUUUGAGAGCUCGCCUUCGCUUCGACUCUGAGUAG